UGCCUUUAUUCAUAUUCUUAAUACCUUCCUGGAAACCGAAAACACUAGAGAAAUACUAGUAAUCUUCAGCACUUAACUCAACAUUAAACAUUAAACGAUAUAUCGAAAAAACUGUUAUGAUUCAAUUCGUGGAAAAUCCGUGGUUACUCGUAGUGGGAAGAAGUAAGGUGUUGUUGAUGCACUAGACCAUCUUUACUCAGUUUACGAAUGAAUGAACGAACACGAGCACGGAUAACCGGAUUUUUAUUAUGUUGGAUAUUGGAGUAUUCAGUGCUACAAUUUAAAAGUGUAACAGUCGUGCUAUAGAAUGGAAUAGAAUUUAUUAGGGUAUUUUAAUUUUACGUGAACUGUCAAUAAGUAUUUUCAUUUUGUAAUUCGGAGUGUAACCUACAUGUGAUACAGGAAGAAGGAAGUUAAUUAUAAUUGGAAUCACUCUCCUGGAAGAGAAUUGCAGAGACAGGUGAUGGCUAAUCAUGAAUAUCUUCUUUCACAAGCAACAUGGGUUGAAAAAUUUGAUGUACUACUUGCUGUUAUGCAGACACAUGUCCAGGUAAGAGAAGAAGACUGCAAGCCAAAGCAGGUGUGUUUCACAUGUGUGUCCAAGCUUGAGGUGUGCAUGGAUCUGGUUGAACAAUGUCUUGCUGCAGAGUUCAAGUUUGAGUCAGUAUUGCAAGCUAGAUUUCCAGUUCUUAAAGGAACUGGAGCUGAAGCUACAGCUCUGCAGAAUGAUGUGGAUCCUCAGAAGAAUGGGAUAGUACAUGACACAGGUUUGGGUGUUGUGCCAUUAUUGGCUUCCCGGCCAACCCGUGUGUGGCCUGAAGAUAUUGGGAAAACUGAUCAGAAUGCAGGGAAUACAUUGACUGUCCAGCAUGAUGGAAGUGUAAUUGUACUGAGCAAAGUUGAUGCCGAAGCUGUUGGGCAGCAUUCUAGAGAAGAUUGUCAGGAUAUCUUGCUUAUGGUAGAGUUGAAAUAUAAAGAUGUGCCAGAAUCACAGCAAUCAACUGUAGCAAAGGCUCCAGCAAUUACAUAUUCAGUGGAACCACAUGAAAGUAUUGUAUCCAAAUCACAAAGUCAGUCAUUCUCAACAGAAGCAAAUAAAGUUCACACAGUUACAUUUACAAAUGAGGUACCAACAGUUUCAACAUCCAAAGCUCAUACUCUGUCAUACACGAUAGAGCCUCAGUCUGUUUCUUCUAGCAAAACAUAUACACUAACUUACGCAACAGAGACACAGCCUGUAACUGCUGCAAAAACCCAAACAAUUACUUACACAACUGAAACACAGCCUAUUAAUGUGUCAAAAAUCCAGACGUUUUCGUACACAACAGAUGCUAUAAAUAAACCACAGACAAUGACUUACACAGCAGAACCACAUUCAGAUUCAUCUGAAAAGGCACAUGCACUUGUGUAUACAGCUGAUCAACAUCCGGUUUCUCUUAGCAAGACUCACAGUAUGGACUUUACAGGAGAAUUACAGCCUGUAGCACUAACGAAGAGUCAUAUGCUGUCAUAUGCAUCUGAUGAAUCUCCUACUUUGACUAGUAAAACCCUCCUUGCUUAUACAGCAGAACAUACCACAAGUAGUGGUACAAAAUCACACCUCCUGACGUACACAUCGGAACAGGUAUCAGAUGCAAGCAACAAGACUCCCACUUUGGCUUAUACAGAAGAACUGCAGCCCAACACUUUAGCAACAAAGGCAGAUGUACUUUGUGCUACAGCAGAGGUUCAGCCAGAUACAAGCACUAAAAAUGCAACCCUUGUCUUCCCAUCUGAGUCAGAAGAAGUUCUAGGGCUGGAAUCUGCCAUUCCUCAACAGACGACCAUACUCAUUGACACUAAUAAAUACAAAGCAGCAGUUGGAGGUGAGAGCAUUAAUCCUCCCCGCCCAGAGAAACCAUUCCCAUGCACCGAGUGUGGCAAAUCAUUCAUGCGCCGCAGUAACUUGAAUGCUCACAUGGGGGUGCACACUCAGGUACGUCCUCAUAGCUGUGAACAAUGUGGCAAAAGUUUUGUGCUUCGUUGGGACUUGACACUACACCAACGCAUUCAUGCAGGACUCUUCUCAUGUGAGUUUUGUAGCAAGGCUUUUAGCGUGCGUGGGAAACUUGAAAGACAUAGACGAACACACACUGGUGAACGCCCAUAUCCAUGCAUCACAUGUGGUAAAGCUUUCGGGGAUAAACGGAAUCUUGAGUCACAUAUGCGUACACAUUCGGGUGAACGUCCGUUCAUGUGUGGUACUUGUGGACGGAGGUUCCGUGUACGAUCACAUCUUUCAGACCACCGACGGGUUCAUUCACAGGAGGCUCCUUUUACGUGUGAUGUGUGUGGAAAGUCAUUCAAAUGGAAGACAAACCUAAACAUUCACCUAAAGGUACAUGCUGGUGAACGUUUUACAUGUAGUGAAUGUGGGCGUGAAUUUUCUCGUCGAGCUGAUCUUGCUAAACAUAGGCGUUCUCACUCAGGUGAUCGUCCCCAUGUUUGUGGAAUUUGUGGAAAGAGUUAUGGUGACAAAGCCAUGCUCCAGAAACACCUCAAAUCACACAGUGAGCACAAACCAUUUACAUGUGAUAUAUGUGGAAAAAGCUUCCACUUCCAUUGGUAUCUGGCAACACACAAAAAGACUCAUGCAGAGGAAGGUACUUUUGGUUGUGUUGAGUGUGGCAAAGUUUUUAACAAACGAGGUAACCUAUUGAGCCAUGCAAAAUGUCAUGUUGAUUCUUCUACACAUUCCAAAAGUCACUCUGUUGACGUGAAAUUGGUGCUGCCUGAGGAAGCUCCAGCUCUUGAGGCUACGCUCUGAGAUGCCAGUGAAGAAUUAGUUUUAAUAGAGCUUAGUAAUGGUGGUUGUCUAAGAUGUUAGCAAAUACAAUGUAACUAUGAUAGAACGAAUGUGACUUAACAAUGAGGUCUUUAUUGAAGUGGGAAAGGUAAUUGGUAUUGUUAGUUUGUUAGUGUUAUACCUGUGGAAAAUGCAUAAAACAGGUUUUUUGAGGGGGGGUACCCUUAUAGGAAGCAGUUCCCAGUCCUCUGUGGUGGUCCUAAGUGCCUCCAUCUAGUCAAGGAUAAAGUCAACAUUCCAGAAUCUACAGCAUGUCCCAGAAUGAGAGUAGGAGUUGCAAUAAUCCAUUCCCCCCUAGCCAAGUUAACUCAGUCAGUGUAUGGGUAAUGUGACUGGGGUUUAAUUCCCAGCAGGGGCAAAGCAUUUCUUCAUGGCCUCCAUGUCAAGACCAGUGUUGGGGCCUACCCAGCCUCCUAUACAAUGGGUUUCAGAGGCCCUUUUCUUGAUGGUAAAGCAGCUGUGGCAUGAGUAGAGCUAUGCCGUAUAUCUGCAUGACAUGGUGCUUAAUAACUAUCAGGGAACAAUUUCUUCUUUCUCUCUCUCCCCCCCC